AUGUCUAGCAACGGCCCCAUUGGCAAAAUCUCCCAAAAGGUGGCUUCGGGCAUCGCAUUUGCGACCGAAGUACACCAACACAACAAAGCCAAAAAGGCUGCUCGGAAACAGCAGGAACUAGAGGGAAAUGCGGCACAACAGAUUCCACCAGAAGAUGAAACCAGAUCCAUCCACACCCCAACAUCUCCCCAUGAAGAAAAAGAAAGAGAAGUAUCAGAAACACCAAUCCAAGGCGACGACGACGAACGCGAAUGGGAACUCGACGAAGCUCAGGACGAACUCGUCGAGGGCUCCGAACCGCAACAACACAAAUCCAAAAACGGCGCAGCCAACCCGGACAAAGUCAUUGCUGCUUUUCUCUCUCGGCAUCCGUUGAGUAUCACCAUCAAUCCUUCUGCGCCGCCGCCAUCAUAUGAGGCUGCUACCACAACACCUCAGGCAGCGGCGGGAUACAAACUCGAGUUCCCAGUCGUAAUCCCGCAGCGUAGGCCGCAAAGCAAGAAGCGUGGCUUCAUUCGCGCUUAUGCGCCUGAUCUCGCGAACAUGGGCAUUGAUCAGGCUACCUGGCUGGAUUUUAUCGAGACGUUUAACGAAGCUAGUCUCGCGAACCCAUGGAUCAACGCGCUCAAUCUUGCGUCUAUUGCGACAAAUGCGUUGCCGAGCGCGAUCGGAUUCGCGGUUUCGUUGGCUAUUAUGGUUGCGACUAAUAUCGCGAUGGAGACGCAGUCUAGAUAUCGACAAAACAAGGCCCUCGACAAACUCAACACCGAGUUCUUCCGUCCGCGAGGGCUAUACUGUCUCGUGAUGACAUGGGACUCCAGCGCAACAAACAGCCGCACCACGAAUGUCGACUUAAACACCGUUAUUCAAAAGACAGAAAACACCCUAGGAAAAAUGUCACACAAAUUCAAAUAUUCGAGCGGCACAACGAGUGAGUUUGAGUUCAUGCAGACUGCCGAACUCGUGUUUCCUGGAUUAGAUUAUGUUGCAUCUGUGCCGAAGGAGGAAUCGCAGGGGCUCAAGAAUAAGAUGAAGAGGGGGAAGAGGUUUGUGGAUGAUUAUAUGGAUCGGAAGGCGCAGGCGAAAUUUGCCGGCGAGAAUCCGGAUAACCUCCUCACCAAAGGGGUAAAUCCAACAUUUGCGUCCAAAUACUCCGACCCAAAUCACCCUAUCCACAGCGGCUCGAUAUACUCGCUCGUCAGUCUGGGGCGAUUCAAUCCUCCUAAUUUCAGAAAUCUGCAGACACGUCCACAAGGAGCGUUCGGUCGAAGGACUGGAGGAAGUCUGAUCACGAGCGUGAUAGAUGCCAGGCUCGGUGGCAGACAGGAUGCUUUUGGUGGCCGAGGAGCUAGGACAGACCUUCUGGGUAGACGAGACCCGUAUUCGAGAGGUGGUGGCGGGCCUAUUGGGGGAUUGUUUGGGUUGGUAAGUAUGGCGGCGCAGGCUGUUAGUGAGCGAGGCCAGGACUCGUCGCGAUUAGCGAGUCAGCAAAAUGGCUAUCAGCAGCAGCAACUACAACAAGAUUCUUAUGUUUCGGAGAAUCAGAAUAUCGGAGGACGCGAAAGGCCUAUUCCCCGGGCAAGGUCGGACAACGGGCCGCUUGGGAUUGGCAGAUUACUUCAGCAGAAAGUCCUCUAUCUAAUGGUGGUCAACAUGCCGACCGAGGAAGAGCUCGCUCAGGCAAGGGAACUGUCUAGGGAAUGGGAUAUGCCAAAUUAA